UCAAACCACCCAGUUUCCGAAGCAGUUUCGUCUAAAAUGUCGUUCAAAGCACAACUAUCAGUACUGCUACUGCUGCUGCUAAUUCUUUCUUUUUCAUUUUAUGGCACAGCCCUGGACUGCAGUUCAUGUCAGUCGCGCUACAACCACAGUCACUGCGUAAAAGUGUCCAGUCAAAUGACCUGUUCAUUGGGUCUUGUUGCUCAAACACAACGACCGCUGCUCUCAUUGAACCCAUCGCUCAAGACAUCCGGUAGAUCCGAAAAUUUCCAAUGUUUCCGGUUAAACUACACCACUUGGGACGGAGAGCGCCACUACCAGAUGGGCUGCACCAACAAUACCCGCUUCUGUGAGGGCUGGACCGUCCGACGCAAUUGUACCGUUCUUGGAGUUAUUCCUGCCCAUGUAGUCCGCGAUCCGCCCGUUGCUGGCGUAACAAGCAACAGAAAUAAUUCCCGCACCCUUCGAUCAACGGCGGCACUUGCACUGUGGGCACUGGCCUUGCUGAUGCUGCCACGGUAUUUCCUCAUCAACAAACUUCAAACGCACUAGGCAACAAAAUGGAAAGUAAUGAGGGGGCGAACUUACUUUCGCCCCAUUCUCCUCAAUCGCCCUCUCGAAACGACGCCGCAUUAAUUAAUAACCAAAUAAGCAAUCGGAGGAUCACGUCGAAUUUGAUUGAUGUUGCGGCGUGAAAAAAAGCUACGUUUCUACGCACCACUUUCAUAUAUUAAUUUCGAGUCGAUUGAUUACUUUAUCGUAACUUUAUCCCAUUGUCGUUGAGUGAAAACGUGAAAAAAAAAACUUUUCAUUUAAUUUUAAUAUACGUGAUUAGCUUUA